GCCUGCAAACAAUAUAUGUUGCCGGCAGAUUAAUGUACUGAAAUCUGUGCUUGUUGUUUGACAAACCGAGUUCAAAUUAAGCUUUCUACAGGUGCUUGUUAUUUAUUGCGCGACUUAUUCAUGUAACCAUGACGUUCCAAACUGUCGUUGAUCUUUAUAACAAAGCGAUGGAUGUAGAAGAUCCUCGAACGGCAAAUUGGCCAUUAAUGUCAUCUCCUUUACCAACACUCACGAUGGUGUUGUCAUACAUUAUUUUUGUUACCUUUGGACCCCGACUUAUGAGGAAUCGCGAUGCCUUUAAUCCAUAUUGGUUGCUUGUCUUUUAUAACUUUGGACUGGUGAUUUUAUCUUUUUAUAUGAUGGUCGAGAUUUUGCUUUCUGCAAGCUCAAUUCCUGGUUUUAAGUACUUAUGCAAUGGAGUUGACCCAGGAAAUCAUCCCAGUGUUAUACGACUAGCGAGUGCUUGUUGGUUGUUUUAUGUUUCUAAGUUUGUGGAGUACCUUGAUACGGUAUUCUUCGUCCUCCGAAAGAAAAACAACCAAAUUACAUUUCUCCAUGUUUAUCAUCAUACGAGCGUGUGUAUUAUGUGGUGGAUAUUUGUCAAAUGGACUCCUGGAGGAUCCAUGUAUAUUGGAAUGGCAUUUAAUUCGCUCGUCCACGUUUUUAUGUACUCCUACUAUAUGGUGUCAGCUCUUGGUCCGCAGUAUCGAAAAUACUUGUGGUGGAAGAAGUAUCUCACAUCGUUACAAUUGAUUCAGUUCAUCAUUGCUAUAGUUUACGUAGUAAAUGCAGUUAUGUUUCACAAAGACUGCACUUUUCCUCGCUGGGCAUUUGCCUUGCUCUUUGGUUAUACUAUCUCUCUCUUUCUUUUGUUUCUAAAUUAUUACAUAAAAGAAUAUAUAAAUCGAGCAAAUGAAAAAAGAAAGCUUCAUAACCAGUGAGCCUUAUAUAUGUUUAAGCCAUAUAAUUAUCCACUUCAUUUACGUGACGUCCGCCUACUAUGCUUAUAGCAUGCAAAACAAAGGCGAGCUUUCCACGAACUAUGCAUAUUUUUUCAUAAUUGUUGUAUUUUUUGGGAUUAUUGUGUAAAAUAAAAUAUUAUUACUAUGGCAAAAAAAAAUUAAAAUUAUUACUAUGGCAAAACAUAUUUCAAUGUCCAACUCAAAUCAAUUGCUUUAGCCUGUUGAAAGUAGAUUUAGGGUUUGACAUCUAACGAUCUUUAUCUUACCAGCUUUUGUAGAAUUUUAUCUAUAAACCAUCUUAAAGUCGUUA